AUGACCUCUUCAAAAGUUCAACUUGCCUUCUCGGCCAUCGCGUUCAUCAUCUGUUUCUUCGUAUCGCCUGCUGAAAUGAUCGUAGCGCUCGUGCCUUACUGCGAUUCUAGUUGUCCGGGAGGUCUGUUUCCCAACGUUAUGGCAUGCUGCGAAUAUUACGCUACUAUGAACGGAUACAUAAAUCUUGGUGGUGCUUGCGCCGCUAACAAAGCCUAUUGCGCUUACGAC